GCAAAUUCUGGCUUACACAACCAGCUUCAGAGUCCGAAAUAAAACCAAAAAAAGUAUACCUAGAAAAGGGCACCAGAAAAGAGAGAAAGAGGAGAGAAUAGCUGCCGCGAGACACACACCACACCUGUUUCUUGCUCCCACACCCAAGUCGGUAGGUAUCCCUUCCCUGCCCGCAAGCCAGGGGUGCCCCCCUUCUUCUUCUCUUCUGCUUUCUCGUGCGCGUUCCCAUUCCAUUCCCUCCUACUCCUCUCCCAAGCAAGACCUGGCUGGACCCUUUUUUUUUUUUUCCUCUCUCUCUCUCUUUCCCGUCUUUCCCCCCUUCCCUUUUCUCCUGGGAAUUGUUGUUCCCAAUGCUCGCCUUGUCUUUCACACACCCCCAGACCUAGUGUCCGGUGCGCCUUUGAUGUAGCUAUCUCCCCCCCACUGGCCCAUUUGCCCAGUUGCUCGCCUCAGUGCCUGUUUCCUUGGACCUUGCUCGGUCACCCACUUCGUCUUCCGCCGUCGUGUCGUGUCGUGUCGUCCCGCUGGUAAAGUUCCAUUGCGCUGCGCUCAACCCGAGGCGUCUUCGUUCUAUUAUUUCCCAUACUACCCAUACCGAUUCAGAGUAUUAUACGUGGUCCGUCCGUACGGCACCUUACAAGAGCACACAUAGCAGUCACACAUUGUCACUGUCUUCGCUCUCUCAAUCUCUCUCUACUGGUUCUCGGGACGCCGAACGCCACCACCUUGUCCGGCCCCCGUCAGCUCAGCCCAGCCCAUUCUCGACCACACCAUCCUGUCUUCUUCGCAGUUGAGAGUAGCUUCAGAGUCAGAAUCAGAGUCAGAGUAAUAACCAUCAGGUGUAUCCCCUCUCGCUCUCUGUCUCUCUCUCUCUGCCUCUGCUCUCCCUCAUCCUUCGCCCAGGGCAUCCAUCACCGCUUCAGAAAGUCACAACUCAACCAAGCAAAGGGCCAAGCAACCACCCCCCCAGGUCCAUACCAGGUUCAGAUCGCCACUUGUGCCGUCACGUCAGAACCCCCCCCGCAACCUUCUUUUCUCUCUAAAAGACCCCCCACUGCCUGUCCCUUUCCCUUUCAAAGAGCCUCUUCCGCACACCCUCCCUCCCUUCCCAUUCCCUCCGAUCUAUCUGAACCCUAUCCGACCUUGCCUUAACCGUCCCGCCCAAAAAAACGCCGCCAUACCGGAAUGGCGCUUUAAUUGUUGACCAAGGGCCUUCAACACUUGGCCAGGCGUCCGGAACAAUACCUAUCCUCCAGAAACAUCCGUGGCUCUCUCUCACACAUCCCAUCCUCUUUACAACUACCUACACCUACACACACACACACACACACACACACACACACACACACACAUACACACACUAACCAUGCUCGACAAGAGGAGCAACGACGGAGCAACAUCCGUCCACUACACCAUGAAGACUCAUCAUUCAGCUUCCAGGCCCUCGCCUGCGCCGCGAUCUUCUCAUAGCCACUCCCACUCACAGUCCAAACUCGCCGUUCCGCCCGCAAAGACUCCCAACCCUUCUACUCCCGUGGCAUCUCCAAGAAUGCCCUACUCCGUCGGCCAGUCAAUGCCUCCCGGUAACGGGAACCUUACCCCGGCAAGACAGGCAGAGGCGAGAGCCGCGAGUCCAAACUACUUUGGACUCGUUGUCGAGCAGUCCGUCGACCCAAGAGAAUCUGCCUCCAUGCCACGAGACAACUGGAGCUCCCCGACUUCGUCCGUCCGCUCAUUCGGCGCCGCGCUGCCCAAGCAAGUUCCCAUCGAUGCUAAUCCCGACUAUGAGGCCUUCAAACGGCAAGCAGACCUCAAUCGCGGCGUGAGCUUCAGCCUCUCCUCCUCGCACUUUCCGCAAGCUCCCCCGAACCCGACCACUCUUCGUCCUCGACCGCCACGGUGGAAUACGCAUGCCAGCGACCACGCCUCGGACUUUUCGAUACCUCGAAUUCCCACGGAGCGAAAGCAGAGCAAGGAAGUUGACCAGCAAAGCUUGAGCGACUCAGCCUACGCCUCGUUGGAUUCCAAGCGAAACUCCGAGGCGUCGAUACAACCACCGCAGAUCUUAAAUUUGAACAUGCCAAGAUUCGAAUCGCCCAUGCAAUCCGAGUCGCCCUUUGAGCGUAGAACAACAUUGUCGAAAGUAGAGGACCGUCACCCCAGGUUAUCCAUCUCACAGAACAAACCCGAUGCGCCAGCGCCGAGUGCUGCUCGAGCCAACCAGCCACGCGCCGAGACCUUGCCACCGACUAUGGAGAGCGGCCCCUCGUUGAUAGCGCCGUCGCAAUUGAAGGAUCUAAUCGAGGCUGAUGGUUCAGAAAGUGAUCUGUUGCUUCUGGACCUAAGAGUGUCACAGCAAUAUGCCCAAGCUCGGAUCGAAGGCGCGCUCAAUCUCUGCAUUCCAACAACGUUGUUAAAGCGAGCUACCUUCAACCUGACGAAACUCCAGCAGACCUUUCAAAGCCCGGAUAUGCAGGGGCGCUUUUCUCAGUGGAAAUCGACGAAGCAUCUCGUUGUCUAUGAUGCUUACUCUGCAGAGAAACGUGACGCCGUUACGUGUAUGAACAUGGUGAAGAAGUUCACGAAUGAGGGAUACUCCGGCAACAUGUACAUCCUGCGGGGUGGGUUCAACGCUUUCGCUGACGCCUAUCCCGAUCUUGUGGAUGAGGGAUUCGGUGCUCCAGCGAGCGGCUCCGGUCCAGCAGCAUCGGGUGACGGUAGUCGGCCCGGCAUCGCCCCCGUCAUUGGAGGUGUCAUGCUACCAAUGACCCAGAACAACGCCAACCCGUUCUUCUCGAAUAUUCGUCAGAACAUGGAUCUCGCCGAUGGAGUUGGUCAGCUGGAUAUUGCUCGACCGUCGGGGCUGGAGUCACCUACGCUGCCUAGAUGGCUCCGUGAUGCCUCUAAGCCUAGCGAUCAUGGCAAGCAAGUAUCAGACAAGUUCCUCAACAUUGAAAAGGCUGAGCAGUCGCGGAUGAAGGCGGCCUACUCCAUGUUCAGUGGUAGUGAGAAGGACAAGACUGUUCCGCAGCUCUGUGGUAUCGAGAAGGGUGGCAAAAAUCGCUACAAAGACAUAUUGCCGUUCGAGCACGCUCGGGUCAAAUUGCAAGGCCGUUCCGAGGGGGCUUGCGACUACGUCAAUGCCAGUCACGUCAAGGCAUCUCGGAGCAAUAAGAGGUACAUCGCUACCCAGGGCCCGCUCCCCGCCACUUUUGAGGAUUUUUGGUCUGUUGUUUGGGAACAAGAUAUCCGUGUCGUCGUCAUGUUGACCGCGGAGUCGGAAGGAGGCCAGCUCAAAUGCCACCCGUACUGGCAAGGCAGGGAUUUUGGCUCGAUCAAGCUCAAGCCGCUAUCGGAGAAGAAAGUCUCGUUGGACAUUGACAAGCACCGUACCAACCAGGGGUCAAGUGCCCCCUCCGCAGCAGCAGCAGCGGAAGCCGGACGCCGGCGCGCGCAGACGACGACUACACUGGAGGCAUCAAACGCAACUGCCUCGCCAUCCCCACCACAAGGCGAGACGCCGCAUGUUAUCAUUCGGAAGUUUGCGUUGUCUCACGGCUCACACCCCUUUGCGCCCAUCCGUGAGAUCACUCACUUGCACUACCCUUCCUGGCCCGACUUUGGAGCGCCUGCGCAGCCGUCACAUCUGCUGGCCCUCGUGGACCUAGCCAACGUGAUGCAACGUUCAGCUUUGCCGGUCGAUACGUCCUCCGUAAGCAGUGCUCGUGCGUCUCCGGAAUCAGGCCCUAUUGCUUGGUAUGACGAGCCAGAGAUGGAUCAGAGGGCCAGGCCAAUGCUGGUGCAUUGUUCUGCGGGAUGUGGUCGAACCGGAACCUUCUGCACUGUAGACAGCGUCAUCGAUAUGCUGAAGCGGCAACGACUGAACAAGACGACCACGAAGCCCGUGAGGAAGCGGGAUUCGGACGGCGAUAUCAAGAUGAGCGGAUCAGAGGAGUCUUCGCCUCGGGAGAAGACCUUUGAUUUCACUCCGAGCAGCCGUCGCACCAGCGCCGACGUGCGACGGGGCUCUCCAGACAGAACCCCAUUAGACACAGCGUGGUUGGCGGACGACAGCGACACUAUGGAUCUCAUCCAGAAGACGGUUGAGGACUUCCGCAACCAACGACUCAGCAUGGUGCAAAGCCUGCGUCAAUACGUCUUGUGCUACGAGACGAUUGUUGAGUACGUAUGGCGAUGGCACGAGAAGAGCUCAGGUUCUCCUAAGGGAGGAAGAGCACGAAGUGGAAGCUUGCAGCUUAGAGGGGACAACUAAUUACGUGGCACGGCUUGCAUAGGGAGACGGAUGGAAAAACGGAAACGGAACUCGUGGUGAAUCGUAAUUCGAUACCCUCUAUUGGAUCGCGGAAUACGCCAACAUCGGCGAGUGAUGAGAAGAAAGGCAUUGUGCAUUUUUCUAAUACGGCAAAUAAGGCACUAUGGAAAGAGAGAGACACACACACUGGGCCAGGACCAGGGCCAGGUCAGGCAUGAGGCUAAAGGCGUUUCGGCAUUUUAGGGCAUAUAUAUUACGAUGCAUGGCGUUUGGUACUCGACUUUUGUGUCUGACGACGCCAGCAUGUUGGGGAUCUCGACUGCGGUCGGUCCCUUGGGAUUGUACAUUAGAGAGGCGUUUGAAUGAAUGAGAGAAAGAGAGAGAGGAGAGGAGCUGCCGUCUGGCAUGCUCUCUCCUCCUUUGACCUCCC